AUGAAAAACACUCACUAUUCGGAGCUCAUGAAUACAUACAAGGACUAUGAUGACCUAUUUGUCAGACUAUAUAGGCUUCAUACUUAUAAAGAAGAGGAAGUUGAUGAAAUUUAUCAAGAAAUCAAGAAACAAUUACUUGAAACAAAAAUGUUUACACCCAUUAAGUUGAUUUCAAUACUCUAUACAGCAGCAAAAUUCAAUAAUCGCUAUUUACGAUCAUAUUUCGCUAUCUUCAAGAUGAUUUUUGAUGAAUAUCAUAUAACAACAGAUAGUGGAAUCUCAUCUAUUUUCCUAUACUUCUUGAAUACGGAAUAUGGUAUCCAAACAUCCGGACAAAACAAUUCUCGUUAUAAAUUACAAAAACUUUCAUUAGAUGUAUUUGAAGAGAACACGAUUUACAGAGCAAUUAUGGAGGAUGAUAUAGAAAAGUUUAUGUUGUUUACAGAAAGUGAAGAUUUCGGUCCACUUCAAACUUUAAGAAAUGAUUUAUUCUCAGACUUUUUUGGCGAUUCAGAUAUAGGAUUUAUGGAUUUAUGUUCCUAUUAUGGAGCUGUUAAAUGUUUUAAGUUCUUAAUUACAUCAAGUGUACACCCUCUUACAUUGGUCUGA